AUGGAGCGGCCCCCAUGUCGCUUUGCUUCACAUUGUGGACCUCCGACUGCAACGCUUGUCGACGGCCCCUCUUCCGUGUCGUCGUUCACGGAUCCGAGCAGAAAGUCGGACUCGGUACGUCUUGGCUCGCGGCUAUCGGGCACGCCUGCAUGCGACACUCGGACGUCAUCGAUCGACGACGACGCGUCCUUAGAGCUACUGGCGUCGCGCAACCAAUCGUUUUACACGGUGGAUCUGCUCUUGGACGGCGACGGAAAGACGCUCACGAGCGCCCGACGCCACGCCGACGCGACGUCCCGGCGCAUCAUGCGGCCCGACCAGUACGUCGUCGUGUCGCCAGCGGUGCUCACCGAGAUUCGCCGCCGCCGAACGAACCGACGACGCCUCCUCGAGGCACUCCGACACGCGCAAAAGGUGCAUCGCGACACCAAGCUCAUGCUUGCGUCCAAGAAAGAGCUGACAGAUGCGCUGGCCAACGUCACCGUCUCGUACCGGUCGGCCACGGAGAGCGCCAUCAUCGACUAUGUCAAGGUCGGGUUGGACCCCGACCUCCACACGUUCUUUACGUCGGUCGUCAAGCCGGUUUUGACGCCCAGCGACCACAAGGUGCACGAGAAGCGGCGCUCCGUCCUCUGGCUGCCGCCGCCCACGUAG